AAAAUUGCGUCGUCUCUAUCAAAAUUCAGAUUUACUCAAAAUCCAAAUUUUCUCCCUCACGCAAUAUGUUCUCUCUCCCUCCCUCUCUGCCGUUUCCUUCUCCCAAAUUUCUCCGGCGAACGUCGCCGGUUCUCGUCGCCUCCGGCGCGGCGAGGCUGGCGUCUCUCUCCCCUCCUCCUUUCUUUCUUUUUUCUUUCCCUUAAUUUAAAUUAGUAACUACCUAGGAUUUUUAAAUCUUGUUCAAUCCUGUUCUCCGACGAGUUCUGCCGCGCCGCCGCCGUGCUCCUCGCAUCGCCACUCCUCCAUCUCAGAAAUUUGUGUUGAAUUUGGCUUUGCAAAAUGACAAAGAUCAACAGAGGAGGGCUUUGAAGACGGUCUCUACCCUUUCCGUUGAUCAAUGAUCAUGUUAGCAGUAGCAACCAGAUCAAGAGCAGCUUCGUGGUUGGAACCUCUGCAGGCGGAAGGAAGACGGUGGGGAGGUGGUUGAAGGAUAGGAAGGAGAAGAAGAAAGAGGAGGUGAGGGCGCAGAAUGCACAGCUUCAUGCUGCCAUUUCUGUUGCUGGUGUAGCAGCUGCAAUUGCUGCCAUCGCGGCUGCCACAGCCGUGUCGUCUGGAGCUAGAAAGGAUGAGCAGAUGACCAAGACUGACAUGGCGGUGGCCUCGGCUGCAACACUAGUGGCUGCUGCACAGUGUGUUGAGGCGGCUGAGGCAGCCGUUGGCGCAGCCGGAGCUAUACUGUACGAGGAUCGGUUAAGAGAUGUGGCUCUCUCUUUUCCCCUCCCGGCCUCUUACUUGGGAUCACUUGAUGGUGCUCAAGUUUAUGAUUAUAUCAAUAGAACUAGGAAUCCAACAGCUACCAUUUUGAGGAGUGAUGAAGUCAAUGAAACAAUGGCUCCCUUUGUUGUCUCCUUUUCUUCAAGGGGUCCCAAUCCCAUUACCAUGGACAUCCUCAAGCCUGAUGUUAGUGCACCCGGAGUGGACAUUAUUGCAGCGUGGUCGGAGGCUAAUACGGCGUCGGGAUAUCCUGAAGAUCCAAGAGUAGUAGGAUGUAGGAUGUUUGAUGUAGGAUGUUUGUAUGAUGGAUACUUUUUCAAUGUAGGAUGAUAAUUAACUUUGAAACUAAUGAAUGACCUUUUUAUUAUUUGUGUAUA